CGUCACUUCCGCUCAGGGCGGUCACAUCCCAAACCUGUGGCGCGAGUUGGAGGUUUUGCUGCUAAUCCUCCAGGAUUAUCAUGUCUAGAGUCUGUAACAAGAAAAAAUCUCUUACGCCUCAGAUUUCUUGUUUGACAAAUGAAUCUUACAAACAGCUGGAAAUUUUGCCUGAAAACCUAAGAGCGAAGCUGCUUCCAUUCCAGAAAGAUGGCAUCAUUUUUGCCCUUAGAAGAGAUGGCAGAUGUAUGGUGGCUGAUGAAAUGGGUCUAGGAAAGACAAUUCAGGCGAUUUCAAUUGCUUACUUCUAUAAAGAGGAAUGGCCUCUUCUAAUAGUAGUCCCAUCAUCUCUGAGGUAUCCUUGGACAGAAGAAAUUGAGAAGUGGAUCCCAGAGUUAGGUCCAGAAGAAAUCAAUGUCGUUCAGAAUAAAACUGAUGUCGGGAGAAUAUCGACCAGCAAAGUGACAGUUCUAGGUUAUGGUCUUUUAACUGCAGAUGCAGAGAUUUUGAUAGAUGCACUGAAUAAUCAAAACUUCGGAGUGGUUAUAGUGGAUGAAUCACACUACAUGAAGUCCAGAAAUGCAACUCGCAGCAAGAUUUUAUUGCCCAUAGUACAGAAAGCCAGAAGGGCCAUUCUUCUUACAGGAACUCCAGCCCUGGGAAGGCCUGAAGAGCUUUUCAUGCAAAUUGAAGCUCUCUUUCCACAAAAAUUUGGAACAUGGUCUGACUAUGCCAAAAGAUACUGUAAUGCACAUAUCAGAUAUUUCGGUAAAAGGCCUCAGUGGGAUUGUAGAGGGGCAUCAAAUCUUAAUGAACUUCACCAGCUAUUAAGUGACAUAAUGAUUAGAAGAUUAAAGACUGAAGUUUUAAGUCAGCUGCCCCCUAAAAUCAGACAGCGGAUUCCAUUUGAUCUUCCGUCAGCUGCAGCCAAGGAAUUGAAUACCAGCUUCGGAGAGUGGGAAAAAUUAAUGAGAGCUCCACAUUCAGGUGCUACAGAGACUGUCAUGGGGUUGAUUACUCGCAUGUUUAAACAAACUGCCAUUGCCAAGGCAGGUGCUGUAAAGGACUAUAUUAAGAUGAUGCUUCAGAAUGAUUCACUGAAAUUUCUGGUAUUCGCUCACCAUUUAAGCAUGCUCCAAGCUUGUACGGAAGCAGUCAUUGAAAACAAGACUCGUUACAUUAGGAUAGAUGGAAGUGUGCCUUCCUCAGAAAGAAUACAUCUUGUUAAUCAGUUUCAAAAGGAUCCUGAUACCCGUGUGGCUAUCCUAAGCAUUCAGGCUGCUGGCCAGGGUUUAACAUUUACGGCCGCAAGUCAUGUCGUAUUUGCUGAAUUGUACUGGGACCCUGGACAUAUAAAACAAGCAGAAGACCGUGCUCACCGAAUUGGACAGUGCAGUUCUGUGAAUAUUCACUAUCUCAUUGCCAAUGGGACUCUAGACACCCUUAUGUGGGGAAUGUUGAAUCGCAAGGCUCAGGUUACAGGGAGCACACUGAAUGGUAGGAAGGAAAAAAUUCAGGCAGAGGAAGAUGAUAAGGAAAAAUGGGAUUUCCUGCAGUUUGCGGAAGCUUGGACUCCAAAUGACAAUUCUGAAGAACUAAGGAAGGAAGUUUUGUUCACUCACUUUGAAAAAGAAAAACAGCAUGAUAUUCGAUCAUUCUUUUUACCAAAACCUAUAAAAAGGCAGUUGGUGACCUCCUGUGAUGAAUCAAGAACAUUCCAAGAAAAAAAUACUCUAAUGGCAUCAGACCCUAGAAAAAUAUCUGCAAGCGAUGUUGCUUAUGAAAGUGAUUUUGAACCUGAAGUUAAAAGACUGAAAUUGGUUACCACAGAUGACCCUUGCAAUCCCCUGGAAGAGAAGCUGUCCUGUCCCAGGCAAAGCAAGGCUCCACUCACAGAUGGUGUCUAUGAGGCCAGCUCCCAGCCAGACGCUCCAGCCCUUCCUGGAAAGGGCUGGCAGUGUGGUUUCUGCACCUAUCUCAAUCAUUCAAUGUUACCUUGUUGUGAAAUGUGUGAGAAUCCUCGAGUCAGUGCUGAUAACCUCAACCAUAUCCAGAAUAAAAACAGAAAUGAGAAGGAUGACUCUGAGAAAGACACUUCCCAAAAUGCUCAAACUAGCUCAGCUUGUGAGAAACAAGUCCUUGCACAGUCAGAACCUGACCCGUUGGCCGAGAGCGAGAAAGAAACACCAGAAAUUGAGAGGGAAGAUGGACUUACACCCCAGCCAAGUAAUGAGAUAUUGAAGAGUUCAGAUGCUUUGCCGGUGUAUGACACCUUAAUGUUUUGUGCAAGCAGGAAUACUGACCGCAUUCACCUCUUUUCCAAGGAUGGAAAACAGAUGAACUGUAAUUUCAUUCCUCUGGAUAUAAAAUUAGACCUGUGGGAAGACUUACCAGCAAGCUUUCAGCUGAAACAAAAUCGCUCACUGAUUUUAAGGUUCGUUCGGGAAUGGAGCAGUCUAACUGCCAUGAAGCAAAGGGUAAUCAGGAAAAGCGGGCAUCUGUUCUGUAGCCCAAUUAUUGCUUUGGAAGAGAUUGCAAAGCAACAAACUAAACAAAAUAGUACCAAAAGAUAUAUAACCAAAGAAGAUGUUGCCGUAGCCUCGAUGGACAAGGUGAAGAAUGACGGGGGCCAUGUCCGUCUGAUCACAAAGGAGUCCAGGCGAUGGGACCCUUCCACAAAAAAGUUUCUUGAAGAUGGGGCCCAUGUCCCAUUUCUAAAUCCCUGCACUGCUCAACCAGCUCUCACUGGGAUGCCUUCCACAUCCAGAGGCUAUUUGCAAGCUGUGAAUAAUGAAGGAAACCCACUUUGCCUCCGCUGUCAGCAGCCCACUUGCCAAACUAAGCAAGAGGAUAAAACCAAUGCUUGGGAUUCACGAUUUUGCUCUCUGAAAUGUCAGGAGGAGUUUUGGAUUCGAUCUAAUAAUGGUUACCUGCGAGCCAAAGUAUUUGAAACUGAACAUGGGGUUUGUCAGCUGUGUAAUGUGAAUGCACAAGAGCUCUUUUUACGUCUGAGAGAUGCCCCUAAAAGUCAGAGAAAGAAUCUUUUGGAUCCUACUUGGACAUCAAAGCUCCCAUUGGAACAGCUCAAUGAAAUGAUAAGAAACCCAGCAGAAGGACAUUUCUGGCAGGUGGAUCACAUCAAGCCAGUGUACGGGGGAGGGGGACAGUGCUCCCUGGACAACCUGCAGACUCUCUGCACAAUCUGUCAUAAAGAGAGAACUGUCAGACAAGCCCAGGAAAGAAGCCAGGUGAGAAGACAGUUUCUAGCAUCAAAGCAUGGAUCAGACAUCACACGUUUUUUGGUAAAAAAGUAAAGUACAAAAAUAAUGGAUGAGUAAUGGCUUACAUGUGGAAGAAUUUAAUGCAAUUUUUUCAUGUUUGUCUGAUAGUCUAAGAAUGAAAAUUUUCCAAACAAAAAUCAAGAAUUCAAAUUCUGUUUUUACCCUGAGUACUUUUAGUGUUGCAUACCUUCUCAAAAUACCUAAUAGAAGUUGAGCUGCCCUAUCAGACAUUUCGAUGGUCAUGUUAUGUCAUACAGACUCUCAGUUAUGUCUCAGCAAGGCUAGUUAAGCUUUCAUUUCCCCCAAUAUGCCUUAAUCGCUGUGUCAUACAUAGAUAAUGUUUAAAAAAUAUACUGUCAAUUACCUGAAAAAUGUUGUGGAUUAGGAUUGGUUCUGGACUGUUGUAGGUGUAAAUGGAACAAUGUAAAAUUCAGAGGCAAAUCAUCAUUAUUCAAGAAUUCUGGGCCAAGCAUGACCAGUGUUUAGGGUGCAAGAAAGACUUGUUCACUACAUGCUUUAAAAUAGGCUUGGGGUACACAAUUUUGUUAUCUUUUCUGCUUUAUUAGCUAAAAGGUACUUUUGAAAAUGAGCUGAUUGUAUCUAUGGUGUCCAUAGACAAUUCAGGUGUUCUGGUUGAAAUAAUUGUUAAAAACUAACUGAAAACACAAAAUGUAAAUUGUCACCUAAGCUUCAUUUUUUUAGGGUUUGUGUGUGGACAUAAAACUAGACUCACUUCCAAAACACCCUUUGUCUCCUGGUUCUCAUUUUCUGUUUUUAAAAUCCUGUCUUGGCUUAGCUGGGACAGUACAUGCUACUAAGGUGCUGUGCUCCAGGCAGGACCGCCGGGAGGCCCAGGUUUGAGUCUAGUCCGACCCAAAGGCAGGCACAAUGACACAGCUGUCUCAGUAACUUGGGAGACUGCAAAGGGAGAGACAAGAGUUCACGGCCAGUGAGGGCGACAGUGCGCGACUCUAAAAAAGCCUGUGUGUUACACACCUGUGAGCCAGGAUACUUGGGAGACUGGGGCAGGAGGAUGGUGACGUAGCAAAA